AAUGGCCACAUACACAUGCCGAGCAGUUUGUUCGCAUUCGCACGCGCCAAAAAAAAGCCCCCCUAAAGUGCGACGGGUGCAAAGCCAUGAGAGUGCCAUGAGUCUUCUGCAUACGACUGCCACUGCUCAACCCCAUCUGACCAGUAGUUAGAUGAGGCUGGCAGUGGUUAGAUUUAAAAGUUCGCUGCAUUUUAUAGCACCACGGGCACUUCCACACACACCUUGUCACACAUUUGCACAAGUCACGGGAACAAGGGGAGUUGCGCGUGGAAAAUUUCUGCUUUAAUUGAGACCUUCCAUCCGCGCACGAACCCUGUGGGGAAUGUGUUUCUUGUGUUACGUCAGGGACCGGAGGGGUAGACACAGUUGAUGAACGAAGAGUGGCAUGAAAAUGACGUUUCCUCGCUUUGCCGCUUUCUGCUCAAGGGCCUCAUGUCUGUUUCCCCAUUUGGUGAAGAAUGCGUUGCUUGGGCACAACACCAGUUGUUAGCAGGCUUCGAGUCUUCCAUGGUAACGAGCGCAUCGAAAGCGUUGUUGCCAUAGUCACGCCUUGCGCUAUUGCGUUGAUGUUCCUGUCAACCGGGCCACAAUCAAAACAGUGCUCUGCUUGUAACGUGCAACAAAUUCUUGUUCCUGUUCCGUCCUGCCACAAGAAAUCCCGCAGACAGACCCCGAAAGAAACGCCAAACCCCGCACAAUGUCCAACUCAACAGCGAGCAACAGCCCGAACAAGAAGAAGAAACCGCUGCCGUACUUUAUGGAAAGGACGGAAGAGGCGGCCCUGCCCUCGUUCCAGAACCGGCGCACGCUGGCCGACCACGUCAAGGACAAUAUGCUGUGCGCCGGGCGGAAGAGUUACUUCCAGCGCAUCGUGUACGUUGGCCGCCAUCCAAAAGUGACGGGGAUGACGCUGCGCGACCGCUUUCUGAAGCUCAUCAAGGAGCUGCAGGAGUGUACGGUGUGCGAGAUCAAGCUGUUCGGGCUGAUGAUGAACUUCGACGGGUACACGGUGCACAUGGUGGAGAGUGCGGAGGAAACGGUCGGCGAGUAUCUGCGCACGCUGGCGGCGGCCGACCUGUUCGAGGAGAGCCGGGUCGUGCUGGUGUACAACAACAUCAACCAGCGGCUCUUCCGCAAGCUCGUCUGGCGCGUGUCGGACUAUCUGAACGAGCUGAAGCGCACCGAGCUGGACCAGCGGGACCCGAACCUGACGCAGGGCACCAUCAACGCCUUCCUGGUGCAGGUGUACCAGCUGUGCAAGAUGGUGCGGGAAGAGGAGCUGGAUGAAAGAUCCGCUUUUAAAUCGCUCUAUCUGGACGAAAACUACGAAGAGCACACGCCGGACAUUGCGGUGCUGGAGUAUCUGCUCGGCCUGAAGUGUCUGUUCACCGUGCCCGAGUACGCAUCGUUCUACGGCCGGCUGCCGGACGUCAGCAGCUUCCGGGACCUCGUUUGGCCCAUCCCGAAAGAUCUCACGCCGUACGAUGUGUUCGAGACGGGGAAAUACGAUGUGAACCUAACGUUCGGUGGGAAAUAAACUGCUCCUUCUAAAUUGGAAAAUUGGCUGCAAAAAUAUGUUUUAAUACCAUCGCCGAACGCGCCGGGUAAGCGUGUCCAAUCGCGUAACGGAGGUGGCAUUUUGUUGCAUCAUUUCCACCCCAUUCGGAGGCACUGAGAGCACGAUAGCAUGGGCGGCAGGCCAACGUUUAACACCCGUUUUGCAUCGAUCGAUCACUCUGGACACUUUCUAGGGGGGGCUCUCCCGUGGCUUGCCAUCAACUAUUGGCAACGAUAUAGUCGAUUCAAAUGAGGUGGAAAGUUGGAGCCUGAUCGUUUCAGUAUCGGUGUAACCUUUCACCAAUUGCUGGGUUGCAAAAGUAAUAGCUCACACGAUAAUCGAUUAACAUGGCACGAUAGUUGGGUCUGUGCUGUUAUGGGACAAGUAGUAAUGUCCAACGCAUAAUCAACUAGUUAGGUAAUACAGACUGAAAACUCCAAUUUUCAAGUGCCUGAAAAGACAUUAAACGCGAGAAUUUCAAUGCCCACGACGACCUCGCCUUUAUUCAAAUUCGAAUGUUACACCGCCGUGUUGGCAAUGUCAAGAGCACCC